CCUUCUGGCUCGGCCUUAAACCCACACAACAAAUACCCAAAUUUCAGUCUAGGGUUUUAUCGUCGACUUCCGAUCAUCCCUCUGUUCGGCUUACGAGAAAGCGAAAAAUGUUUCCCGGAAUGUUUAUGCGUAAGCCCGACAAGGCUGCUGCUCUCAAGCAGCUCCGAUCUCACGUUGCUAUGUUCGGCGUAUGGGUUGCUGUAAUUCGAGUUACCCCCUAUGUUCUACACUACCUUUCCGACGAGAAAGAAGAACUCAAGCUCGAUUUUUAGGUCAUCUCUAAGUUUUGAUUGGACCAUGGGGUGAAGGCUUUCCAAAUCGUAACUUUCUUUCUUCCAUUGAUUCAUUGGGGAAAAGGGGGACGGAGAGGCUUUUUCAUCUUUUUCAUUAUUUUUCAAUUUUGCUCUUUCUAUUGGAUCAUAGGCUGGUUAUUAUCAUGUGAUGAGACUUGAAAUCGUUUCAUAAAAUCUCAGGUUGGCUUUGUAGAAUGUGUUAAUUUAAGAUGCCUGAUGACACUCUUCUUUUCUGCAGCUUAAGUUAUUAGCCUCAAUUAAUUCUCUAUUUUAAACUCUCAUUAGGAAUGUAUGAUUAUUUAUGUAGAUCGCAUAAACAUAUCCUUUAAUUAACCUUAUAAAGCUAGCUCUAAGUUGUAA